AUGGCUCAAGGCAAAUACUUGUCAUCAACAACACUCAUAUUUCUAUUUUUAAUUUCUCAUAAUAUUUUGUUUAUUAUAGCAGAAGUUGUACAACCAAUAGUUUAUUCUCCAAAGGAUAAAAAAACUUAUAUUGUUUAUACUAAUAGUUCUGAUUAUGUCAAAAUCUUAGCCUCAGUAUUGGGAAGUGAGGAGGCAGCAAAGCAAGCAAUAUUGUAUACUUAUCAUCAUGUAAUAAGAGGAUUUUCAGCUUCAUUGACUCUUGCACAAGCUGCUCGUUUAUCAGAUCAUGAAGAUGUAUUAAGUGUCAAAGAAAGUGCAACAUAUUACUUGCAUGAUGGAUCUGAAGGUCCAACCAGCAAUUAG